UGUUAGUGUGAAAGGCAGGAGAGGAAACAAGGGCAGCCGGAACCUGAGUGUUUGUGGCGUGAGCGGAGCAGGAAGACGAGCACCGUACGGCAGGAGAUUGGAGAGCGGAUUUCGUUGCUACACACGAAGAGCUGCUGAGCUGGGGAAAGAUGCUGCCGUCUCUGCAGGAGUCUGUGGAUGGGGACGAGAGGGAGCUGGAGAGCAGCGAGGAAGGGGGCGGCCCGGCCGAGGAGCGGAGGCCGGAACGGUUCAGUAAUAGCUACUACUGUCUGUACGGCUACCGGUGCUACAGUUCAUCAGAGCAGGCUGCUGACAGUGAUGAUGGAAGUCCGAGCAGUGCAACACCAGAAAAUCCCUCUGCUGAAGACUUUAGCCUCUCCUUGGUGGAUACUAACUUACCAGCUGAAGCAGAGACAGAAUUACGCAGUUUUAUUGCUAAGCGUCUUAUUAAAGGAGCUCUUUUCGAGGGAAUGGGUAAUGUUGCAUCUGUGGAGUUGAGCAUACCAGAAUUUCGAGUUGGUUGUUAUUACUGUCUUCUCCAACAAGAAAAGCUUCUAGAAACAGCAACAGUGGAAUCAAAUAUCAGCCCUCCAGAGUAUGUAACUUGUUUCUUAGGAGGCUCAGAGAAAGGGCUCGAGCUUUUCAGACUUGAGUUGGACAUAUAUGUUCAAGGCUUGAAGACUAACCUUGACUCAGAGAAAAGUAACCUGGAUACUUAUAUUAAACCCUACCUAAGAAGUUGGUUUGAGGACUCUGUAUGCCCUAUCCAGAGGGUAGUGCAGCUCUUCCAGGAGAAACUCGCCUUUUUGUUACAUGCUGCUUUGAGUUACACUCCUGUUGAAGUUAAAAAUUCAGAUGAAAGAAUAAAGAAAGAUAUUCACAGGUUUCUGAGCGCUGCCAGUCUCCAAGGUGUCAUUCAGGAAGGUACAAUGACCUCCUUGUGUAUAGCCAUGACUGAGGAACAGCACAAAUCGGUGGUAAUAGACUGUAGUGGACCACAGCCUCAAUUCCAUAAUGCAGGAAGCAACAAAUUCUGUGAUGACUGGAUGCAGGCUUUUCUAAAUGGUGCUGAAGGUGGAAAUCCAUUUCUCUUCCGGCAAAUAGUGGAGAACUUUAAAUUGAAGGCCAUACAAGACACUAACAACCUGAAGAGGUUUAUUCGUCAGGCAGAAAUGAACCAUUACGCCUUGUUCAAGUGUUUUGUGUUUCUAAAGAACUGUGGCAGUGGAGAUGUCCUUCUGAAGAUUGUUGAAGUGGAGCAAGCAGAAAUGCCAGAAGCCAAAAAUGUAAUAACUGUCCUUGAGGAAUUCAUGAGAGAAACAGCAGUUGCCUAAAAAUCUUAAUUUUUGUACUCACUUUGUACUAUUGUAUAAAUAAAUAAUUCCUUCUUUGCAGAUCAGAAUUCACUAUUACAGAAACUUAAAUUAUAUUUAAAAGCAUUCAGUCAUUUCAAACUUAUUUCACAUCUGAGUUUUUUUAGAAAAAGCAGCAUGAGAUUUGCUUCAAUUUUUGAAUAUAGUGUUUUAUACAAAUCCAGACAUGCUUUUUUCAACACUUACCAGAUUCUGAAAUUGAUCCUCCUUUUUUGGGGACCACACCAUUUUGUUUUUUACGGUUAUGUCAUAAGAAAAACUUUCACCCAAAUGGCAGUGAUAGUUUUUAAGUAUUUAGAAAAUGUUUAAUGCAUAAGAACUAGUAGAGAGGAUCAUGACUAAACAUUGAGAUCAGAUUUAUUUAAACAAAAAAGUCAUAUAAAGAACUGCAAACAUUUUGAUAAAUUGCGUAUAAUUUGCAAGAGAUACAGGUAAUAUCUUUUAUUGGACCAACUUCUAUCCAACUUGGUUUAAUAAAAGAUAUUACCUUACCCACGUUGUGUCUCUGCUAUCCUGGGACUGACAUGGUUACAAAGCAGGGGAGAAUCAGGCUAAAAUUUGUAUAAAGAUGAAUUUAACUUGGCCAUAAGUCUGCACUGAAUUAAGCUAAGGUCUCAGAUACAUAUAUUUCAUUUUGAAAAUGCAUCAUUGUACUCCAGCAAUGAACUCUCUCACACAUGGGAAAUACAUUUUCUAAACCAUAAGUAAUUUAGACAGCAAAAUAUAUACACCACUUUGGAUGCAGUAGGAGCCAAAACUAAGGGGACCUUUAUCAAGAUUACAGAGAGGAGGACUGCAGGAAUAGUCCUUAUGUAGGCAAAAACGCGCAUUUAUUUCAGUUGUUUAGCUAGGGAAUGCAACCUUUGUACAUAGUAUGUUUUGUCAUAACUUGACACUUAAUGAACUAUCCUAUUAUGAAGAGGUCUCCAUCACUAAUUAUAGUUGUAAUAAUAUUACUGAACCAGUAGUGUGACUGCUGUGUGUUUUGUGAGUGGUGUACAUCAUAGUUAAAAGGCUUUCUUGUGAUAUAAUCAUAUCUAAUAAAAUAAAUGAACAAU